UACUUUCUUCUAUCUCCUGUGACCUCCACUCGUCUUCAGCUCCCACUUCUCAUCAUGGUGAUCUCUAAUCACUGGGCAACAGAAAUAAGAAUGUCUAAACCGGGACAUCUCGGCAAAUUGCACGCAGAAGGGGCGGUCUCAGAUGGUGAAAGGAACGGCGCAGAUUCUCUACAUGAGGUGCAGCAAAGUAAGGGAUCUCCCUUCUCAAUGUCUCCAAAGAUUACAGAUGAAGAAUGUGGGGAGCGGUCCCCAUCCCUUCCUGGCACACCAGUUCCCCCAAUGCCUUCUGCUCCUCCAACCCCACAGGCCUCUUCUGCCCCUCAGCAACCACCUACCUCCCUUCCCCAAACACAGCUCCUCCUUGCUGGCAGCCAGCUGGCUGGGCUCACUGCACUCCUCCCCGCACAGCAACAGCUGCUUCUCCAGCAAGCUCAGCUUCUCGCAGCCGCUGUCCAGCAAUCCAAUGCUGCCGCCGCCGCCGCCUCCCAGUCAGGGUCCGACACCCAUCCUACCCCCAACAGCCAACAGCAACCCCACCAACUUGCUUUGUCCCAGCCCAUCCACCUCACUGCACAGGAUAUCCAGCAACUGCUGCAGCUCCAGCAACUGGUCCUCGUCCCCGGGCAUCAUCUCCAGUCCCCAACACAGUUCCUGCUGCCCCAAGCGGGGCAAGGCCAACAAGGCCUCCUUUCUGCAUCAAAUCUCUUCCAGCUACCUCAACAAAGCCCGGGGAAUCUCCUCCCGGGUCAGCCCAGGCCUGGCCUUCCCUCUCAGGCUGUGUCCCGUCCUGGACACCAGGAGCCACCGAUAUUGUCACACACAGAUGCAGCGUCCCACCCUGAGGAGCCCAGCGACUUGGAGGAGUUGGAGCAGUUUGCCAGAACCUUCAAGCAGCGUCGGAUUAAACUCGGAUUCACUCAGGGGGACGUCGGCCUGGCCAUGGGAAAGCUGUAUGGCAAUGAUUUCUCUCAGACAACCAUCUCCCGAUUCGAGGCACUUAACCUGAGCUUCAAGAACAUGUGCAAGCUGAAGCCGUUACUGCAGAAGUGGCUGAGCGAUGCAGAAACAAUGUCCGUGGACAGCACACUGCCGAGCCCCAACCCUCUGAGCAGUCCUGGGGGAGGCUAUGAAGGGCUUCCUGGUCGUAGACGAAAGAAACGCACCAGCAUCGAGACCAAUGUGCGCUAUGCACUGGAGAAAAGCUUCAUUGCGAACCAGAAACCUACCUCUGAGGAGAUCCUGGUGAUUGCUGAGCAGCUGAACAUGGAGAAGGAGGUGAUCCGCGUGUGGUUCUGUAACCGCCGGCAGAAGGAGAAGCGCAUCAAUCCCUGUAGCAGUAUGCCACUCAUUCCCUGCCAGGGCAAGGGACAACUGUAUGGGAGCCAUAUGGUGUCCCCCCCGGUGUCUGCCCCCACGAUCACCUCCCAGGCUUCCAGUAUCCUCAGCACAACAGUGACUACCUUACCUUCCGCAGUGGGGUCUCUCCUACAUCCUCGUCCACCCUCCAACACAGCGCCCCCAUCUGCCACCCCCCCUCCAAGCAACAGCACAAGUGCAAGUCCCCAGAGCAGCACCCAUUCUGGGCUCAGUCUGACCGGACUCAGCCCCAGCGCAGGGGGCACAGUGCUCGGGGUCAGCCCGGGGUUGAACCCAGCCCUCAUGGCUGGAAACCCACUGGCCACCAUCCAAGCUCUGACCAGUGGUGGCUCUCUGCCACUCUCCGGUCUUGAUGCCAGCGGUAACCUCAUCCUUGCCAGUGGAUCCAACAUCUCCAAUGCUCCCAGUCUUGUGGGCUCUUCGCUCUUCCUGAACCCUGGAGGUCUCCCUUUUCUCGGCUCUGGCCUGGGACGCAUGGCAUCUGCUGGCGGUACCCCCAGUCUGUCUCCAGCCUCCACCACGUCUUCUAGCGAGGCUGCCAUGUCUACCCUACAGCACAGCCCAGGAGGCUCCCAGCACAGUGGGGAGAGCGAUUGAAAGAGGAAACCAUCUCUCCCCCCCUUCAACCUCCACCAGCACCCAAGUUGAGUCUCCAUAUACAUGGAGGCUCCUGGAUACUUCAGGGGGGUAGAGGUGUGAGUACUUUUCAGAUGGUUUUGCCUCUUUCCCCCUCAACCCUCCAAGCGAAGACGUGAAAUGUGUGGAGGGGGGGAUUGGAACCAAAAUGAAGAACCAAAAAAGAAUUCCUAAACCAAAUAACCAAAAACCCAAACCUCGGAAAUACUUCAGAGAAACCAAAAAUAUGCUGCACCCUACUGGGGUGUACAGAGCUCCCCAACCAAAGGCAUUCCCAAAGACUGAAGCCCCCCUGCUCCCUCUUGUUAGUCAUGUUGAGCUAGGUGCCAUUUUUAGUUACUGAAGGUGAAUUUAGGAGGGGGCAGGGAGACCCUCCAAACUCCUUCCUCCUGACGCUUUACGUACUCUUAUGAGUGAGAAUGAAUGUCACAGAUUUUAGGAGGAAGGGUAGGAGGCGGAGGCAGGAGAGAGUCCGCUCAUAGGGUGGGGUGCAUGGGUGAAACAUGGGAGACCUUCUGAGAUGAUGCCCAUGGCUCCCCCCCCUUCUACACCAAAUACCAAAAUAACAGCUUUAUCCAAAGCCUAACAUAGAACCUCAGAGCAACUCUGUGUAUACGUGUGACGUCCAUGCCAAAAACACCAGUACAUCCAUUUAUAGCUUUUUUUAAUGUUUCGCCAGCACUGAACCCCCAUUAUUUACCCUGUAUUUAUUUAGAAGAUGCCUGACACCCCCGUACCGUGCAUAAGAACUGAUCGCAAUCCUGUUUACAGAAAACUCAGUCUGUAUUUCCCGUUCCAGCUCUAGAUGUGGUUAGAAAACUUAGUUUUUGCCGAGCUGACGGAAAAAAAUCAAAAAAUGUUCCCCUUUCCCCGGAUGUUUUUUUCUAAGAUCUUUCAUAAAGAAGUUAGUAAUAUUUUUAUGUAUUACUUACCGGUAGUUUUACUCUUCCCCCCGACUCACCAGAUAUUUAUAGAUUUUACUCCCCCCCCCCCCCCCCUUUACUCUGCACAAUAGCUUUUUCAGAUAUUUUUUCCCUUUUUUUGCUUUCAUGCCUAUUUAUUUAUUUAUGAUGCUGCCAAGCUUUAUUUUUGCCUUUUUCUCAUGGGAUACAUUUCCAGGAUCACACAUUUCCGUGGAUGGACAAAAAAAAAAACAAGCAAACCAAAAAUGAAACCAAAACAGACACAAAAGAGAAACCAAAAAAAACACAAAAACUUAUUCUUUGCUGACGCUGUGCCAAAGUACAGACUCUGAGUGUUGGCAGAGGGAAGAUCUAUACCAAGAAAUAGAGUUACCAAAAAUCUCAUGUUCCCCCUCCUUCUGAGCCCGAACACCCCACGGACCGCGAUACAAGAGUCGCAAAGGUGCGGGCUGCAGGGUGCGUCUUUCUCUGUCUUAUAUACCUCAUCUGAAGAAGCCGAUAUUAUAAAAAAAAAAAAAGGAAACUCAAGGAGGGAAUGUUACCGAAACCAAAAACUCAGACUCCGGUGAGGUGCGAGGAGCUCCGACGGUCCCUCCGCAUCCCCGUCCAAAAAGCUUUAACGGCCUCUUUGAAAACUUCUCAUUUUAUUUUCCCAUUUUAUUUGUGGGUUUUACGAACAAUUUUUUUUGUUCUCUGUGCCAAAGUAUAAAAAAUAGUUAUAAACUUUAAAACUUCAGAGAAAGCGCCAUGGAAAUGAGGGGGAACAAAUCGCAUACCAAAAAUUUCCACAUUUGGUGGAGGACAUGACCUGAAACGUGAAUGAAAGGAAAAGAGAGACACAAACAAGACCAAAAAUGACCCUCUCCCUCUCUCUUCUUCUUCCUUUUCUUUUACUUUCGUUUUGUUUUUUUUCUACCUUUUUUUUUUAGCUGUCCUUCUUUUUUGGAAAUGUGAACUUUGAACUUUCUUAAAGGGACAUGGGCCUCAUUAUAGCUUUAGCUUUAGAUGUGAUGGAAAAAAAAUGAAAAAACAAAAAAAACAUCAAAAACAUAAUCAGGGGUUAAAGAAAGAUGAUACUGUGAAAAAAGGGAGGCGUUACAAAACGCGGCCUGAGGUCGCUUAGCCUGUUACCUGCUGGUGAAGUUUGACGUUUGUUGCAGACUCUCUUGCAGUGAAGGGGUUAACCGCCUUUUCUGUGCCCCGCGUGGUACGACUAUGUAGUGAGAACGGGGUGCUCCAAGGGGGACCGAGAGGACAGACUGACGAUGGCUUGCCGCUCUGAUUCCUAACGCCGCUCCCCAUUACAUUUGCAAUUGCAAGAAUUGGCGAACCCUGUGGUAACAAGGGCCCGGAUAACGCUGAGUAACCUGGUACCUCUUAUUAUGUGAACCUGUACUACUGACAUUGUGCUAGAAAUAGGCGGAAUUGCUAGAAUAUUGGGCCCCAUGCCACUAAUGCCGACAAAAUGCAGAGAUCCCAGCAUCGACUGGAAUCUGGUCGCCUGCGGCAGAUCUGGUUUUGCCUCCAGUAGCCUUAGAUAUGAGGCCCAAUAUGUCUACAUUUACCAAUUGAGUAAAAAAAAAUCCCUUUGAAGUUGCUUUAUGUGCAGAUGUAUGGGAUGCUUCUAUGUCCUGACAACCCUGGUGGUGGGAAGAGUCACACGUAAAGAGAGCGCCUACCACGUGGACACUUAAAACCACGAUACUGGCGGUAAGGGCGCCCAAGCUGUUUCACACACAAAACCAUGCAGCCAUUACAAUCAGCUGUGCAGUUUUUGGGGUUAAACUCAAGAUGCUGCCCCACAAAGGGUUGUCAGACACGUUUACAGCUUGAUAAACCAUUGCCCCAAAUCCCCUUUGCUGCAGUGUAGGGUGAACGAGCGCUUCACCUCUCCAUAGAGAUUGUGGGGGAUCGUUUAGAUGUACCUAUAAUCCCAUCCAUCUCUAUGGAGAGAGGUAGCAAUCACUUGGCCUUUCCAAGAGCAGUGGACUGCGCCCCCUUAAUUUCAGCAGCAUCGGGGUCACGGCUUCGCUUCCUCUGAUUGAAGCGGUAUAUAGAGGUAUAACACCUUCCAGCUGCCAUACGGUGUCAGUGGGUUAUAUAUCUGUUACGCGGCCUCCGUCAUGGCGCUUACAUCAGAUAAUGCACUGUUGGGGAUGGCGGAUGCGUAUGUCACGUGCAGCUUAUUUGCCACUGUGAUGCGGUUUCCAGCUAUCACGCUUUAGUCCAUUAGAAACUUCUGCCUUGUGUUUGGACUUUGGCGCUCAGAUAAGCUUUAGUGGCUGCAAAGUGAUUUCAUGGGAGCCAUUAGAACAGGGAUGGCCAACCUGCGGCUCUCCAGCUGUUGUAAAACUUCAACUCCCACCAUUCCCUGCUGUCGGCUGAUAUCUGUAGGCAGUCUCAGCAUGCUGGGAGUUGUAGUUUUGCAACAGCUGGAAAGCUGCAUGUUGGCCAUCCCUGCAUUAUACCAUCUGCGUGACGGAUGAUGUCAGGAUCGUGUGGUGGGACAUGGCUGAGCAAAACUUUACCGCCUUCACCGAUUUACACAUAUCAGAGGUGUGUUCUUCCUAGUGGAGGUCCAAAGGGGGCAGGGCAUGACACAGGGCUUCCUCUGUCAUGCUCCGCCCCCUCAGGUCCAGCACUAGGCAGUGGGCAAGUUUUGCCUAGAAUGUUCCAUUAAGCUGGCCGUAGAUUUUAUAGAAAUGUCACUUGUUCAUGGACCCGCCACAUCGGCUGUACCGUGGUCUUAUGCUGCUCAUCUAAAAAUUAUCCAUUGUGAACGAUGCUCAUCCCGAAUGUAGAGCAGAGCGAGAGCUGCUGAUGCACUAGCAGCAUGUACGCGCAGCGAUGAUCGGCGAUGUACGAUCGCUCCUCCCCAUACGGAUUCAUUGUUUGCCGGCAGCACAUGUUGACACCGGACGAUCUGCUGCCAACGGGUGAAGAUUUUAUGUGCCCCAUGCGAUCACCCAGCGACUGAGUGUCUGCUCCUAUGUCAGGUGAUGGUCGACACCUUUACAUAGUGCGGUUAACAGGAGCGAGAACAAGAAUCUGUACAAACGCUAGUCCUCGAUAAUCCUCCGCCCGUGUAUAAGGGGCUUCAACAACUCUCAGCUCAGGCAGGACAUAUGGAAAGGGUUCUCCUAGUGACAUGGCUGCAGAAGCCCCAUUCACAUGCAUGCUAAGUUCUCCAGGGCAUCCAGACCUUCUCAAAUUCAUGGCCAUACACAUCCCUGAUCAGAGAACCUAAAAUGAGCCAUAAAUGAGACGUAAUAUUCACAUGGAUCCCAGUAAAUAAGCAGCAAGUAAACCGGCGUGGGGGGGGGGGGGGCUGCUGGUUUUGUGGGAGGUCUCUGCUCCGAGUACUGACGGAACGAUGACGCCUGCGGAGGUAGAGGGCUGCCAUCUCCCUUUUAUUUCCUCGCUCACAAUGAGUAUAUGAAAGCUGGCAGUCCUUAUUCAGAGCAGAGUUAGGUGAUCUGGAAACAGUCCACAAGUAGGGCGGAUACUGCUGACAGAGUGUUUGACGGAGAGGCAAAUAUUACAUAGGUUGGUAAAUCAGACUCAGAAGCCAUUAACCAUACCAGAUCCAUCAACAGCAGCUUGUUGACAGUUUUCAGAAAGUUUUAUCUGCAUGAUCAUAAAUGGUCACUAACUUUUCACACAACUUUGCAUAAAUCAGUAGUGACCACAAAUAUGUCUCAUCAGAGAUACAUGUCCAGUUCUCCUCCUGCCCUCCUUUUCUUGCUCAUUUCUUUUCACUUAGAAAAAUGCUUUUAAUCCAUCUCCAGCUCUGCUGAAGUAUCUUAUUCCACAUGUGAAAACAAGCCUAAGGAGAGGGGAGGGGGAGGAGUGAGCAGCAGCAGCAUUGGUGAGGCAGAACUCCAGGAGAGACACCAGAGACCACAGAGCUACAUAGGAAGUUUCUAUCUCAGCACAAGUGCUAAUUGCACAACCACACAAGUCAGUACUUCUCUGUUAUGUCCCCCGUGAUCCUGGGGCUGUUUCUGAAUGAGUAAGAGAAGGUUAGGAAGCAGAUUCUCCUCUACUUUCUGUCAGCUAGUUUCCCCCACCAUCUCUGAGAGAAUUGCAAACUAGACAUUCACUAUGCACAGAGAGUUAAGGGUUAAAUCCAAGUCAUAGUGGGCAGACAGUGUUAUUCCUUGUGUACAAUAGAAAGAAGGUUAGCCAUAGGCGGAGCGCGUCGUCCGGAAGAUUUGUCUUCUCAUUAUAUGCACAGAAAUGUACGGACUGAUGACGCAUUUUAUUCUCUGUUAGGUGGAUGAUGGGAUUCCCUCCCGUCCACAAGGCCUUGUGCACGCCGGCAGAUUGCAGCCGCCACCUCAUUGAAAGUCAGUGUCACCCGACUGCACAAAACUUCUACAACUCCCAGCAUGCAUGCUUGCUUGGCCUCUCUCGAAACUCCCAUAGAAGUGAAUUAAACAUGCUGGAGUGUCGCUGACCUCGCGCGCCAGCCUUAGUAAAUUUCCCCCUCAAAGAUUUUAUGGAGGCGAAUGAGCACUAGCGUCAGGAGCCCUGAGAGGUGGUCUCAGCAGUCCGCCCCUCACCCCCAUAGUUUUUUCAGCGGUGCAGCAGCGUUUGUUUUAGGAUGCCGGCCCUUUAAUUCUGCCCCAGGAGUCGGCCAUGUGCCCCUAUGAGUCCUCUGAAUGUAUGCGCAGCACCGCAGUCUCUGUACAUCUGAUAUACCUGACUGUAUACACAAGAGUAGCCGUGUAGUCCGUGUAACCAGGUGAAGUGGCGUCUGCCCAUUAUCCGACACAGUAGAUGUAUCCGGGGCCCCUCUGUCAUGGGGACACUUGUGGCCCCAGUUGUAGAUAGGUUGAUCACUAAGGUGCCCCUGAAUGUCUCCUCUGGCUAUACGUCAUGUCUCUGUCCAGACAACCUGUUGUGUACACUGUGACGCUGAUGGAGCAGAUCCCUUCAGAAGAGAGCAGGGGUCACGUCCCCCAAUAGUUUUAGCUUCCCUUACGUUAUCCAUAUACAGACCCAACAGCUAUGGGGGGCAAAAGUGACAGUUCUCCCCAGGCCCUGGUGCCAUCCCAAAAUCUUUAACAGGGUCCCACGUAUAUGCCAUGGGCCAUUUAUAAUGCUGGUGCCUCUUAUGUGGCAGAUGGACUUUAAGACGCCUCGGGCUCCAGGGCCUGGGUGCCCCUGACACCGCUGCUCCCCUGUGGCUAUGCCCCCACCACAAAGGCCGCCCUUCCACAUGAGGAGGUAGUAUUAUAAAUGGAACAUGGUAUGUGUGUGUGGGGGUUACAGAGUUUCUAUUGGGGGCCAGGAGCUUUUCCAGGAUUUCUAGGAUCCUGAGGAUAGGUCAUCAGUGUCUGAUCGGUGGGAGUCCUACACCCAGGACCUCCGCCAAUCAGCUGCUCGGGAAGGCACCGGCGCUCCUGUGAGCACUGCGGCCCUCUCCCGUACAUUGUAUGGCGCCUCUGCUUGGUAUCGCGCUCAGCUCAAUUGAAGUGAAGUUACACUGAUAUUUUUAUAUACGUAAAUGCAUCACCAGGAAUCAGGCGCUGGAAGAGGCGUGGGUUCGAGGAACAGGACAACAUUUGAUUUUGGUGAAAUCACCCCCCAAAAAAUCUGGCUUGGUUGAACUUUUGCAGAUAUGUCAAGUUCAUCCGCAGCUACGAUUCCAUAGGGAAGCGCCGCACCAGCACAUGUACCGAGACUUGCGUGUGACCAGAGGACGCCAUGUACCGUUGAAAUGUUGGGACGGUCUGAAUCUCGGCCACCGGAGAAUAGCAGGGCGUUUUCCUCUAACCAUCUUGGUCUUGCACCAUUUUUAAAUAUACAUAGUAUGUCUCUUCUCCUCGCAGUCUCUGUAUGUCGCAGUAGCGCUCGGCGUCCCCGUUGCACCGUCGUACCGAUCACUUAAUGUAAAUGUGGAUCCAGAUACAAAGCAAUUGAGAGAGGAAACCGGAGGGAAUGACCGCAGGGCGCACGCAUCGCUCCACUAGAACUGAGGUGUGAACAUGUCUCUAUGUGGAUGCCAGAUUAACCCUUCUUCCUCUGCUACUGAGGCUGCAGCACAUUGCACUGUCCAGCCUCGGCAGCAGAGAGGAGGAGACUGGCACCGUCGGACCGCCGUGCUCAUUAUGUCUCUUGAUGAAAUGUCGCUUUUUUAUGUUUUAUUUUUGGCCAUUGGUUUUGCGUUACUUUGACAGCCGCCUGACAUCUCGGUCCCGGUCAUCACACUGAACUCGCUCCUCAGUAAAUGUUCUAGCCCCUAAAGAAAGCGAUGUGUAUUGUAUAUUCUGUGGUAUUUGUCGUUGUUCUGUUAUGAGUUGGGCCCCUCGGGGUCUACAUUCAAGACAAAAAAAAAGCUAUUAAACAUAUCUUAAAU